AUGGGCUCUUUAGAUGAUAGUCACGUAGGUAAAACACAAGGAAGAAGAAAAUGGUUUAGUUUGAAACGUCGACCAAGCGAAAAGAAGAAAAUUAUUCAAAAUAUUCUAGAGAAACAAGAUGUCCUCAGUAGUAAAAUAACCACGCUGACAGACGACAGAAAAGGAGCACUAGAGGAGCUCGGUGUUACAAAUAAAUGCAUAGCUGAUUUAACAAGCAAAAUAGCUGACCUGGUGUCUAUAAGUGAUUUUAGAAAAGAAUUCGACGAGGAUUUAAAGCGCCAGCUUAGUGAGGGACGAAAAGAACAAAGCGCAUUGGCAGAUGAGCUAAAACAGACGUACAAAGAAAAACAGACAGUCGAGCUAGAACUAUGCAGGUUUCAAGCUCACUCUCAGAGAAUGAUAUCCGACCUAGAGCAAGCAAAUAGAAAACUAGACAGAGCCGAAGAUAUGCUGGUUAAGUCUAAGAACAACAUUAACAACAUGAAGGAUGGGAAGAUGGAUUUACAUCUAGAGAUACAAAGACAAGAGGAUGUCAUACGAGAACUAUCUGUCGACGUACAACUAUUAAAGGCAAACAUAUCUGGUCUUCAAGUUGAAAUUGGAGAUGGAGAAAACAGAAUCGAGAAUAUGAAAGAAGAACGGGCACAGCUUUUGGAACAUAUCAGACAUAAAUCAAAAUUUUACGAAGACAAACUGAAUAUCUGCUUUUUACAUAUAACUGGUCUAAAGAAGGAGAGGGACCAACUUACAGGUAAAAAUCAUUACCAUAAAUAA